CCUCAUCUCCUUAUGCUUUUACUCCCACUCUCUUAGGUCAUCUCUCUCCAAUUCAGCCACUAGCCACUCGUCUCUUAUCUCCGUCAUCUUCGUAUUCAUCCUGAAAUCUGACCUUUGACCUCUAACCUCUGACCUGACCCAGGGACCAUACCUCUCGAGUCUCAUCAUGCCUGCCAUCGUGAACCUGCUCUUCCACACGGUCUCCACCAACACCACCAUCUCUUUUUCGCUGGUGCUGCCGCUGGUCAGCAUCCUAUCUCUGCUGGUGGGGGUCGGGGGUCACCUGCUCAUGUGGCUGGUUCUGAUGCGCAACCCGCGGCGCCGCUCCAAGCCCAGCUCGAUCCUGCUGCUCAACCUGAGCCUGGCCGACCUGGGCGCGCUGCUGACACUGCCCUGCGUGCUGCUCAGCGCAAGCUCCCAGGACUGGCAGCUGGGCGGGGGCAUCUGCAUGCUGCUGGGCUUCAUGACGUCGCUGACGGCCGGCGUGGACGUGUUCAGCCUAGCCGCGCUCUCCGUGCUCCGCUAUCGCAUCGUGGCACCCCCUGCGCGUCCCAGCGUCAGCCCCAUGCAAGUAGCGGGCACCGUAGCUGUCAUCUGGCUAGUCUCGGUCACCAUGGCACUGCCCAAGGUGACGUACAUUCGCUUCGACAGCGGCUGCACCUGGUCGGUGGGCCGCGACCAGUGGCUGGGGUUCCUGGUGCCGGCAUUCCUGGUGUACUAUGUGGCGCCGCUGCUGUGCAUUGCGGUGAACUGCGGCCUGAUCAUCAGGCACCUGCAGCGCUGCCGUGGCACGCUCGCUGCCGACCGGCGCAACAAGAAGGCCACGGCGCUGCUGCUGGGCUCCACGCUGGUGUUCGCCGUCAGCUGGCUGCCUUACUAUGUGCUGGAGUUUGUCAAUGUGGCCUCGCCGUUGUCCUGGCCGCCCGUCACCACCAACAAGCCACCGAUGCCGCAGAUGGAUGCGUCGCCAGGUAAUGUGGUGGAGACAUCAUCAUCGACAGCGAUGGUGGCGGUGCCACCGAGCCAGUUGCCGGCCGCGGAGGUGUCUCUGCUGUGGGAGGUGGCGUCGCUCAGUGCCAUCUUGCUCAUCUGCCUGGCGCCCUGCUGGAACCCACCCCUCUACUUCUUGCUAUCAAGGCCUGCCCUCCGGCAGCUGCGCGACCUGUUGCCAGCGCUUCCCAAGCCCUGGAAAGUUGCCACCCUGUGCCGGCGCGUGGCACCCAGACCGCCACCGCAGUUGACCCCGUCGCCGCCGCCUGUGUCGUAUCUGGUCACACGCACUUUGCCUGUCAGGUUGACACAGUGAGGUGUAUGCAUGCUGAAGAGUUAGCACACACACACUAACACACACACACACACAUAGAUAUAAAUACAUACGCACGUAUUGACAUUUACAAAAAAACACACAAAUGUUUGCAUAGUCACUCACCGAUAGUUAUUCCAACAUCAGCAGCCACGCUCAUACACACACACACACACACACACACACACACACACACACACA